AUGGAAAAAGGUGAUCAUGAGGUGUCUUUUGGGGAGGCCACCGAGGAUCAUCGUCACGAGAUAAUUCGAGAAGUUGAACUGAAAACAAAUAUCACGGCCUACUUGUAUUUCGUUGUGAUUACUGUGGCGCUCGGUGGGUUUACGAAUGGGUAUGACGUGGGAAUCCUGAGUAGCGCUAUUUUAAUGUUAGAAAAGGAUUUUGUUCUGACAACUGUUCAAAAAGGGAUCAUCGUAGGAAUAACCAAUGCUGGAGGCUUUUUUGGUGGCAUAAUUGCUGGAUACAUAGCUGAUGUGGUCGGAAGAAAAUCAACCGCCUUUCUCAACGCCAUAUUCUUUUUCACUGGCUACGUUCUAUCAUCCUUUUCAACAGCAUUUCCAUCACUUCUUAUAUGUCGAUUUACUGUUGGUUUCGCCGGUGGCAUCUCGUCCAUGAUUAUUCCGACGUAUAUAAGCGAAAUUUCGCCGGUAUUUCAUCGCGGAGAAUUAGUAACUUGGAAUAAUCUGAUGUAUACGGCUGCACAAACUAUUGCAAUUUUAGUUAGCAUUAUAUUUUCAUCAGUCGGUGAUUGGAGUCUUUCUGAGGAUUUGACUGGACAAGGUCGAAACUUAAGCAUUCUUUACAUAGGUUUGUUCCUAGUUCCGGAAAGUCCUCGAUUUUUGAUAAAAAAUGGAAAAAACGAAGAAGCCGUGGUUAUACUGCAAGAAAUAUAUCCAAAUUCCUCUCGAGAGUUCUUGGAAGAUGAAAUCAAGGUGAUCCACCAAGCCGUUGUUGAAGACAAUAAAGGAUCUUAUAAGUUGUUGCUCAAAUAUCCUUAUAGAAGACCUCUACUGAUCGCCUGCGGUUUGUUGAUCAUACAAGAAUUAGCAGGAUAUGACACACUGAUGUAUUAUGCAGCAACGAUUAUAAAAAUAAUCGGAUUUGCUGCAACGACAACUGCCAUAAUAUAUUCUCUCGCAAUUUCAGUGUCAAGUUUCAUAAUGCUUAUGGUUUCUAAAUACUGGAUCGAUAGAAUAGGCCGUCGCAAAAUUCUCUUGUCUUCCAUUGCUGGCACAAUCAUAGGCCUUAUCCUCCUCAGUAUUGGAUUUUCCUUUAUCACAGGGUUUGUCACCAAACAAUCGUCAUGUAUCAAUUAUGAAAAAGUAUGUGGCGCAUGUGUGUUAGACGAUCGAUGUAUGUUUAGUAAUUCAAACGGAGGAAUUUGCGUGGAUAAAAAUUCGACUGUCAGUGUCACAUACGGAACAUAUGAUAUUUGUAUGGAAAAUCACAAAGCUAGAGCGUGGUUUACGCUUUGUGCAUUCACGCUAUUUUCGAUGAUGUAUUCUCUUGGAUUUGGAAAUAUCACAUGGUUAAUCCAAAGUGAAAUUUAUCCACUAAACAUCAGAGGCAGGGCUACGGGGAUCGGAGCAGCUGCAAACUGGGGUAUGACAGCAAUUGUAUCAAUGAUAUUUCUUCCGUUAGCUGAAGUCAUAACGAUACCAGGAAUAUUAUUGCUAUUUGCAUUAUUUUCAUUAUUGGGUUUGAUAUUUGUUUAUCGUUUUUUGCCCGAAACUGUCGGAAAAUCUUUAGAAGAGAUUCAGGAUUAUUUUGUGAGCCCCAUCCUUUGUUACAUGUCAACCUCGAUAAAAGAUGCGAAUACACUAAUGCGCACCGAAAGACCCGAGAGUUGA